AUGUCAAAAUACAAAGUUACAAUUAUAUUACAAGGUGAACUAAUACAAAACUUACAUUUUGGGCCAUAUGCUAAAGAUUGGUGGAUUUCAUGUCCAACUCAUAAUGACUUAACAUAUACACUUCUCUAUCCAAUUCAUCUUGGGAUAAAAACUAUAACUACAGUAAACCAGCGUGACUUCAUAAUUACAGUUGUUCAGAAUAAUUUUGAACCUGGUUCCUCAGAAGCAAUUACUUCUAUAUAUCAACAAACUUUUUCUACAAAAACUAGAUUAGAUAGUCUCUUAGUUAUAGGUUAUGAUGAUUCAGAGAUAUGUAAAAUGUUAUUUUCCGAUAAUUAUUUUCAUCCUUAUACUUUUAAAAUUGGAAACUUAAACGUGAUUAUUUUCGAAAUUGGUAAAUCGAACAACUCCGAUUGGAAUUAUGCUGGAAAAGGAUACCAAAGCUCUUUUGUGCAUAACUUUCGCAAAACUUGA